AUGACGGACACGAACACACCGUAUUAUAAAAAACAAGCAUCAUAUCAAGAUAAACGAUACACACAAAACAAGGGGAAUUUAAUAGAACCAAUCAUACGACAUCGAAUUCAAGAUUCAAUAUUUUAUAAACAACAUUUAUACCUAACCAAUGAAUCAACCAUAUUACCAGUUAUAAUUGAUCAUGUUAAAUAUAUAAGUGGGACCGAUUCAUCUAAUAGACCAAGUAAUUUCAUAUGUUGUUUAUUUAGAUUGUUAGAAUUAGAACCAACUAAAGAAAUAAUCAAUGUAUAUUUAACACAAUUAAAUUUUAAUGAAUUUAAAUAUCUUACAGCAUUAACAUUGAUUUAUAUUAGAUUAGUUUUUAAAAAUGAAGAUAUUUAUACAAUAUUUGAUUCAUAUUUUAAAGAUUUUAGAAAAAUUAGAAUGAAAUUGAAAAAUCCAAUAUUUGAUCUGAAUCAAAUACCUAAAAAUUAUAAAAUUUCUUAUAUUGAUGAAUGGGUAGAUGAUUUAUUAACUAAAGAUAGAGUUAUUGAUUUGAUAUUACCUAGACUUGUACCGCGAUUAACUUUAGUUCAACGUGGAUUAAUUGGUCCGAGAAAGUAUUAUGUUGAAGAAGAGAAGGAAGAGAAUAGUGUGGAUGAUGAAAGUGAUUACAUAAGUGAUAGUGAUUGA